CACAACCGCUCACUCUUCAUUCGAUUUAGAGCCAGCCCCAAAGGAUCUUCUCUUCAACUUACAGAAAGGAGACAAGACGGGCGGAGUAUGAUUUUCAUCCCAGAAGGCCAACAAGGUUAUGGUUUUACAUCCUUCAACUCCAGAUUGGAGCUAGUACUUAAACACCUCUCUAGGGCUACCCCCCUCCUGCACCCUUCAUUGAUAGGGCCUUCAUUUGUGCUUUUUCAACCCCAACUCCCACUGAUACCUCUAUGUACAUUUCCUCCACUUUAUUCAAGUUGGAAGUUUGCCCCCAAGAGGAAAAAACCAUACCCCCCUUCUCCAGAAUCCCCCUCGCAAGGCCUUCCCUUCUUUCUGCUAAAGCCAAAGAAUUUGUUCCUAUAACACACUUCACCUCGCCACCGGCUCCCAUCUUAUGUCCAGCAGCUCCAAUAGCCUCAAGACUCACUUUUUUGGGAUUUCAUCUUCUGACACUGAAAGAGAUAACACUUGGGACAUCUCUAAAGCCUAUGAAUCUGAUCAGGAGCAACAAUAUUGUUCAGGGAAAGGCCCUUUUCCAAUAGAUGAUGCCUCAGAAUGGGAAACUGAUAGAGAAUCAGAUGAAGAGGAGAGUAAAAGGGGUUCGCAUGCAAAGAAAAAGUCUAUCAAAAAAAGAAACCAAGAAAGAUUUGAAAAACUUAUAAGCCACAUUCAAGGAGGGGUUGUUAGCAAACCUAGAAGGAGCAGGAGACUUGCUAAGCUCAGGAACGAACUCAUUGAUGAAAGGAACCUAGAGUCUUUGAACUUGGGUUGUGUUUAGCACUUCCAGGCAUGGCAUAGAUUCAACUCUCCAAGCAGCUACAUGUUAGAAUAAUAAACCAACGCUAGAGGGGGGGGGUGAAUAGCGUUUGAUCGGAGAAAUCGAAGGAAUUAAAAAAUUAAAAGAGAAGUAAAGAGAAGAGUAAGAGGCACACCGAAUUUUACCCUGGUUCACCACAACUUGUGGCUAAUCCAGCCUCCCGAGAGACUCUCUCGAGCUACACUACUAUCUCGUUAAGCUUACGGGUGCUUAACAAACCGUUACAACUUGAGAGUUCGAGUCACACGAACCUCAACGAAUCCUUCAAAGGAAACAGACCUUCCUUUGAAUCAACCGAGAGAGAUACUAUCUCUCAACGUGUCUAAGAACACAAGUACACUCAAGAACGAGACUCUCUUAUAGAGUAGAUUAUGAGUAAACUAAUAUUUUGGGAUUCUAAUUUCAUGAUCAAAUACACCUGCUUGGAGAAUUAUUCCAAUGGAUCGAGGAGACAGACCUACACCAUCAAGCCCGGCAUGUAGCUGUUUCACUUUUUAUAUGUUUGUUGUUUUCCCUUUGUAUUCCAAAUAGGUGGACUUUUGUCUAGAAUCCCUGGACAGAAACUAGGCAUCCCAAUUAGACUUGGUAAGGUUUGGCUAUCCUGUAUGGGGUACGGGCAACCCCCACUCUCUUUUGUACUCUCUUUUUAAUUUAAUAAACAUUUCUCUCAAAA